AUGCACCGGACAUAUCGCCGUUUGUACCGUUACCGUUACCGUUGUCUGUGGCCUGCGUCAGAGGAUGGUUCCCACUCUGCAGAUGACUGCCAGGUGACGCCCGUCAUUCACGUGCUGCAGUAUCCGGGCUGCGUACCGAAACCGAUUCCGUCGUUCGCCUGCAUCGGUCGCUGCGCCAGCUACAUCCAGGUGUCCGGCAGCAAGAUCUGGCAGAUGGAGCGUUCGUGCAUGUGCUGCCAGGAGUCGGGCGAACGGGAAGCCUCCGUUUCGCUCUUCUGUCCCAAGGCCAAGAACGGCGAGAAGAAGUUCCGAAAAGUACGCACAACAACCGGAAUGCCUUCGGUUACUCUGUUGUUUGUGAGCGUGUUUGUUCGUGUGUGUGUGUCUGUCGGCUGGUCGGAUGCUCAUUCCCAUGCUAAUCAGUCGCUUGCAUAGCCGAUCAGAUAACAAUUUCGCGAUGUUUGUGCCUCCCGUUUUAUGCUACCAAACUUCCCCAAAAAAAAGUGUCGGAACGUUCCCUCUGAACGGAACCUAGGACACAGUACUAUCACGUGCU